AUGAAAGAAUUAAAUCAUACCUCAGUGGCAGAGUUCAUUCUCUCUGGUUUAACAGAGAAUCCAGAGUUCCAAUUGCCCCUGUUUCUCACCUUCUUAGCAGUAUAUUUGGUUACAGUUUUUGGCAACCUUGGCAUGAUUGUCUUGAUUCUGUUUAGUUCUCAGCUGCAUACACCUAUGUAUUAUUUACUCAGCAGCCUGUCCUUUAUUGACUGCUGUCAGUCUACUGUCAUUGUUCCCAAGAUGCUGUUGAACUUUGUGACAGAGAUGAAUGUCAUCCCAUACCCAGAAUGCAUGACUCAGUUUUAUUUCUUCUGUGUUUUUGUUGUUGCAGAAUGUCAGAUGUUGGCUGCAAUGGCAUAUGACCGCUAUGUGGCUAUAUGUAACCCUUUGCUUUACAAUGUGAUCAUGUCCUAUCAAGUCUGCUUGUUGAUGAUAACUAUGGUAUAUGGUGUUGCUUUACUCAAUGCUACAGUUCACACUUUCUUCCUGCUUAGAGUGUUUUUCUGUAGGGCUAAUAAGAUAAAUCAUUACUUCUGUGAUCUUUUCCCAUUACUGGAACUCUCUUGCUCUAGUACUUUUAUCAAUGAAGUUCUAGCACUCUCCUUCAGUGUAUUGAAUAUUAUUUUACCAGCCAUAACCAUCCUCAGCUCUUACAUAUUCAUCAUAGUCAACAUUCUGCACAUUAAAUCCCCUGGGGGCAGAGCCAAGGCCUUUAGUACCUGCAGCUCACACAUCUUGGCUGUUGCUAUUUUCUAUGGUUCUACAGCAUUCAUGUAUCUACAACCAUCUUCAGUCAGCUCCAUGAACCAAGGGAAAGUAUCAUCUGUGUUUUAUACCAUUGUUGUGCCUAUGCUGAAUCCCAUGAUAUACAGCCUGAGAAAUAAAGAUGUCAAAGUUGCCCUAAAAAAGUUACUACAAAAGAUGUUUCUCAAAACAAAGACUAGCUUUUUUUUGGCAAUUACUGCUGUGUACAGGAGGGUAUAG